AAGCAGCGCGGCAGCGCGCGCGGUGCCAUCGGCAAGCGCCAAUCGUGGCGAACGCGCGCGCCGCGGCCGCGCCGGCUGUAGUAGCGCCGCGUCUCGUCGUUCGCCGACCCUUCAUUCGCACAUCGUACGCCGUUGGGAUAGGACGUGUGUCGUGGGCUUCCCCGGUAUUUAAACGAUUGCGCACCUGCGAGGACUCGAUACUACCCCACGGAGUGCUGUUGCCGCACGUGUGCGACCGCGACAUACGCACGCACGCACGCACGCACGCACACACGCACGCACGCACGUACGCACGUACGUACACACAGGCCGAGCCGCGUCGUCGUGUUGGCUUCAUUCGCGAGCGAUUUCCGCAUUAGGAGAGUCUCUCACGUGCCGCGCUGGCGUGUCUCGCUUAUCCCCAGCGCCAGAGGAGGCUCCGAAUUAAACGUUUGUUAAACGGGAGGAUCACUUUCGGCACACCCCGUAGAUUGUUAUCUCGCGUACCUAGCCGCAUCUGAAAUGCUAAUAUCGACCGUUCGUCGGAUCGCAGUAAGCAAUGGUAUCAGCGGGUCCUCCUCCGGCGCGGAACAACGACGACGAGACGCCGGCGAAGAUAUUGUCGCGGAAGCGGCGCAACUUUGGGAGCCAACUAGCGGCGCUGUUUUCCGCGUGAGAACGUACUUCCGCCUCGCGGAAGAUAUCGCGAGCAGCGAGCGAGCGAUCCCGGCCGAGCCGCCGAGAGUUUCCCGGGAGCCAGCCGGCGUACUUUUCCUCGCGUUCGCGAGCCGUGAAUCUCACGACAUUCCAGGACGCAAGAUGACGCAGAUGCUGAUGCAGGAACCCGGUUGGAAGCUGGAGCGCAAGGGCUCGGCGUUGCUGCUGCGCCGCGACAGCUCGCACCCGAAGAGCAGUACCGCCCGCGUCUGCUUCCGCUGCGAGGUCGACGUGUACGAGUACGAGCGCGACGAGGAGUACUGGACGGUCGAGGCGGAAACCGAGCCGGCCGCGAGUCCGUUGGCGAUGUGCGCCAGCUGCCUGGCGGCGCUCUGCGUCACCAUGUUCUUGCCGUGGUUACUAAUCGGUGGUUAGGCCGUUCUCAUGUCGAUCGCGGGAAACGUCGCCCUGGGCCGAGGGGCUCCCUUCAUAAUCAAACGCCAUCACUUCGACUUGUUUUUAUGCAUUGAGACAGAGAGAAAGAGAGAGACAGACAGAGAGGGAGAGAGAGCGAGAGAGAGCGAGAGAGAGAGAGAGAGAGAGAGAGAGAGAGAAAAGAUGCAGCUCAGAACCGCGCACUGCUGCUGGUGUCUGUCGACCGUCGCGCGCGCUCCAGUUGUCUCCGCUGAUCAUACAGGAUACAGCCAGCGGCUGGCGACGGUUGUCGCGUUAAUGCCUCGCUCGAUUCGCUCGACCAUGUCAUCGGCGAGUCUUCGGACGUGCCCAAUCGCUCGUGUUGGGGGAUCCUUCUUCGGUGGACAGCGAGGAUACUCUCUUGGGCAUUCUUUCGAUCGGAGAAGCCGGCGGCCUGUUGUACAGCCCUUCUGGCCCGCCUCCUCGCCUGGCCGAUAACGAGGCCAACGCAGAUGAGAGAUUGCAGCGGUCCGACCGACAGAUUCGAGCACGGACGGAGGCGCGGUUGGCGGCGGAUCGAUCGCUCAGGAUCGCUGAUUGCGCACCGGUCGUGUCCGCGCGCUGUCCGAUCGAUCCAGAAGACGCGGUUUGCGCGCCUCGUCGAUACCGCGGCAUGCCAGAGAUUUCGCCGGGAUUUAUGGCGGAGCGGCGUUUGGGGAAUCCGAUGUGCGUAUAUCGAACAGCGUCCCCGGUUCGAUAUAUGGUCGGCUGUGGUAUUUUUAACAGUGACGAUCGGACAUUCUCGAAGCACGCUGGAAGAACAUCCAAAUCGCGCGCACGCGAGCGCGCGCGUGUAUUUUACGAGGUGAAUCGGCGGGUCGUAAUAAGCGAGAGGACGAUGACGUCGAGAGACGCUUGGAUACGGCUUGGCUCGCUUGAUUCUUUGACAGUACCGAUGUUACAAGUGCCGAUCAGACUGAUCUCUGUCGCAAUUACGUCGCGAUGAGGCGCGAGACACUCCACUUGGAAGUCACCCACGCCGAUCCUGUCGUGGCGAUGCGAGAUGCAGCGAUUCAUUGUAUUUUGUGCUAAAUGUUGUAUAAGCUAAAUUUUUUAAAUGUUUUGUAUAUAUGCGCCAUAGAAGAAUCAAACGAAAGAUUGAAUAAAAGGAAAUAUACGGGGAAAAGUA